CGACCACCAAGCCUAAGAAGACAAAGCACUAGUCAAUGUACAAGGCAGAUGCUGAGAAAUCGGGCGAGAAGGCUACGGCAGCGUGGUGAGGAAACAUGCAGGUCAUCGUAGAUGGCUUCGCCGCGAUGGGAUUCCCAAACUGCGGUGAGGCUAUAGAUGAAACUCACAUCCCUAUCCUGGGACCGGAGCACCAGCCCAGCCAGUACAUUAACAGAAAGGGCUACUUUUCAAUGGUGCUGCAAGCACUGGUGGACCAUAGGGGACGUUUUACCAACAUCAACGUCGGAUGGCCGGGCAAGGUUCAUGAUGCUCAUGUUUUCAGGAACUCUGGUCUGUUUAGAUGGCUGCAGGAAGGUAUUUACUUCCCGGACCACAAAAUAACUGUUGGGGAUGUGGAGAUGCCUAUAGUGAUCCUCGGGGACCCAGCCUACCCGCUAAUGCCCUGGCUCAUGAAGCCCUAUACAGGCGCCCUGGACAGUGAAAAAGAACUCUUCAACUACCGACUGAGCAAGUGCAGAAUGGUGAUGGAGUGUGCUUUUGGACGUCUCAAGGAGAGAUGGAGAAGCUUACUUUCUCGCUCUGAUCUCAGCGAAACCAAUAUCCCCAUUGUUAUUGCAGCUUGCUGUGUGCUUCACAAUCUCUGUGAGAGCAAGGGGGAGACGUUUAUGGCGGGGUGGGAGGUUGAGGCACAUAGCCUGGCUGCUGAUUACUCCCAGCCAGACAGCCGGGCGAUUAGAAGAGCCCAGUGGGACGCGCUGUGCAUCCGGGAGGCUUUGAAAGCUAGGUUCCACAGUGAGCAAGCUAGGUUCCACAGUGAGCAGGGUAACCUGUGACUAUUAAGUUUGUUUAAAGAGCAGCUGAACCUG